CUGGACGCUAUUGCAGUAACAACGCUGGACAGAUUCGCGGAUAUGGCCAAAGAUACUCCUAAACAUGAUUGUGUCAUCAAGGAUGAAAAAUAUUCCAAAUGGGAUAAGAGGAUGUGUUGGUGCCUCCAGAGUUGAUAUUCAUGCUAAUGCCGCAACGCAGGCAUCUAGGUCAAGCAAUGUUCUAACAAUAUCACCAUGCAAGAAACAGCGGUCAAUGUUCAGUGCUGCAUUAUCAACUUUACGUCCAGGAUACAUUCAGUGUUCCCCCGUGCAAUGUAAGCAUGGAAUGAACGAUAUGCAGUACGACCUUAAGGCUAAAUGGAGUGCUGGAUUUAAUAAGAGGCAAUUUAGAUAUAUACCCCAAAGGUCAAUGAAUACAGCAAGUGUGAUUAAUAUGGAUCGUAGCAAUGAUCCGUCACCUGAUACCUCAAGUGCACAGAAAAGUGACACUUUAAAAAAAGAAACAAUCGCAAUGCUCAUUUUGGAGAUUCACUCAGUAUACGGUUCACAGUUCACCCAUGCAGAUAAACUAGAACUGCUAGAAAUGUGCAUUAAUAACGGAGUAAUACACCAUAGAGAAGUGUCAAUAUUGAUGCUAGAGCUGUGGAAACAUAUAGGGCGCAUGAGGCACAGUGAUAUAUUGAGAUACAAUAAAUUGUGCAGUGAUGCUGCUGAUGCAAUAUUUAGCGGCGCAGCAUCACGAGACAGAAAGCAAGCCUACGAAUUACAGUUCCACAUAGAUCUGGAAGUACUAGAUAAAGACAUGCUAUGCCCUACAACGGAACAAUAUCGCACAAAGCAAACAUUGAUAGACAGCUUGAAACCCAUAUUAGAAAAGGUUGCUAAAGGCACAUUACAUACAUUCGGAUCGUGUGAAAACGGAUUGUGGGUCCGGGGAAGUGAUGUUGAUAUGUGUCUUGAAAUACCAAACUGUAACCAAAAGCGACAGUGGCUAUCUAAGCUAAAUCUAGUACGCUCAGCAUUGCGUGAUAACGCCCUGGUGUCCAGUAUCAGUAUAAUAUCAGCAAAGGUGCCAAUCGCAAAGCUCUACGAUGGUGAUAAUCACAACUUCUGUGAUAUAUCGAUUAACAAUACCGUGGCACUGGAUAACACGAGAUUUGUGAAAACAAUGACUGCACUCGACGAACGAGUAGUCAAGCUGGCAAGGUUCAUCAAAUACUGGGCAACAAGAAGGUGCAUAAAUAAUCGCGCACAAGGGACACUCAGCUCAUAUACACUCAUACUGCAGGUGUUCUAUUUCUUGCAAAAUAGAACUGUACCCAUACUACCCAAGUUUAUGGAAAUUGAACUUGAUAGCAACGACGACAGGCGUCUGUUCAUCACAGAUAGCAAUGAUAUAUAUAAAAAGUGUGGAUACCUAGGUCAAAAUAAUGAGACCAUAACACAGCUUGUGUUUGAUUUCUUUAGGUUCUACAGUGAUAAGCAAUUUCAAGGAGGAAGGAAAGGAGCGACUGUUGACCUCUACACAAAUACUGUAGUAGAUAAUACACUAGGAGUACUAGUCAUGAAGUGCCCAAUUACGGGAAAGAAUGUUAACCCGUUCACUAUAAGAAUGUGGCAAAGCAUAUAUCGGGAAUUUAGAAGAGUAAACGAGUAUAUAUCACAGGAAAGACCGGUGUCACAAAUAUGCCAAAAAGCAGAUUUACCUCCACUAGAAAGAGAAGCUGAAGUGAAGCGGUAUCAUACACUCCUGUUGAAGCAGUUAGUAGCACAUGUAAAUUCAAUGAAACCAGCACCGAAAGCCACAGCAGCCUUGCGAUGGACGUGAUACUAUUAAACAUAACGUAAUAUCGCUGUAGACAUG